AAAAAAAUCCACGAAUGUAACGAAAUAAAAAGUACCUACUAGAUACUUACUUACUAAAUAAAACAAAAAGAAGAGUAAGCUAAACGAUCAGUGCGAAAAAAAAAAGAUACAAAAUUUAAAAGUUGUUGAGUUGAAAUUUAAAAAAAAAAUUAAUCGUGGAAGUGAAUGAAUGGCAUGAAUGACUUUUUGUUGUUGUGUUAAUGUGUUUUAAAUUAAAGUGGUGUUUGUGUUCGUUUUGCGGCAUCUAAGAGGAAAAAUACUAACAUUUAGUAGAAUUUUGUUGCAACAUUUGCACGAAUCUGCACAAAAAAGCACGUUUUUCUUGAAAGAAAACGUAAAAUACAAACAAAAAAAUGUAUGUGAAUUUGAAAAAGUCUAAUUAAAAUUGCAAAAUUUAUAUUAUAUAUAACUCGUUCACAACGUGUACAACAACAACUACAAACAAAUGACUCAAGAUCAUCACCAUCCAGCACAGCCCUAAAUGCAAUAACGCAGCAACAACAACAACAAGAUUUGAACUCUGAAAUAAGAACAGUUGAAACCAACGGUCAUACGAUUAAAACGAACGGUGAAGAUAAGGAGCAGCAACAAGAACAAGAAGAAGAAAUGACCAAUAACUCGGGUAAAAAAUCAAAGACAACUGCAACGACAACAACCAAUUCAAAAGAAUUAAAAAUAAAUAUUCCACUAACCAGCGACACAACAUCAACAACGCCAUCAUCAACUAUUGCAGCCACACCAGCAGCAGCAGUUGCAGCUGCUGCUCCCGACUCUAAAUGUUCAAGUACUGCAGCUUCUUCCUCUGCCUGUCCAACUGCAAUGUCUGCCUUACAACACAAAUUAAUGGAACAUCAUCAUCAUAAUCAUCAUGUGCAUCAACAACAAACAUGUGCUUCUUCUUUGCAACAAUUGAAAAUUUCCAAUAAACACAAUUUUAUCAAUUCAAAUAAUUUUAAUAAUAAUUUAAAUCUUAUUAAUAACAUAAAUAAUCAUCAUAAUUGUAAUAAUAACUAUGCCACGCCCACUGCUUCAUCAGUUCUUAAGCAACGUAAACAAAAUGCAAAUUCUACUACUACUACUACUACAAAUUGUUCUUCUUCAAUUCCUACUACAACUGCAAUUCUAUCACCAUCAUCAAAAUUUCGCAAAUGUCCUCUAUCACCGCUUAUAAUCACUACAAAUGCACCAUUAUUUUCAAACACUUCAUCGUCAUUGUCAUCACCCUCACAGCAAUUGGUGACUUCAGGGCCAGUGUCUCAGCAGCAACACUUUAUGAAAUUAUCACCGGCCAGUCCUAUACUGGGUCUGACACUUUCACCUUUAUCGCCAAAUUCUUCUUCGACGUGUUCCUCGUCAGUGCAUUUAGUGCGUACCACGAAAACCACACGUUUACGUGCCGCCGCACUGGACAAGAAAAAGGACGAAGAGAAACAAUUGCAACAGCAGCAACGUUUUACCUCCCCAACAUCACCUAAACCACAACAACAUCACUCACGUGCUUCACCCUCUAGCUGCUCUUCGGAUUAUCAAAAACUUACCAGUGGCUCGGAAGCAGAACAUCACAAAAUGUCCUCGGCUAAUAGUUCACCCACACAUCGUGGCAACAAGAAACUGAUACCCUCUGUAUCCGUUUCAAUGAAACAGAAUCUUAGUGAAACCCACUGCACAGCCUCACGUUCGAAUAGCUUACGCUCGAAUGCCAAUUCACCUAAAUCACCCAAACUGAAAUCACAAAGUAGCAGCACAGAAUGUACGGUAAAAAUUACCGCUUCUCCUAAAGUGAAAACAAAAUCGGCAAGUAACCAAAAAUCAUCACCCACACACAAUGAAGAUUAUAUUGAUGCUGAUUUUAUGGAAAUUAAUGAUUUACCUGUAAGUCCUUUGGGACCGGAAGAUGAGGGUAGUACGGCCACUAGACCACGUUGUUCUACCAUGUAUACCGAUUCGGAUAAAUCGAAAUCAUCGCUAAGUAAUGGCGGUCAAAAUAAUGAAAAACUUUUGGAAUUGAGCCCUGUACACAAAAGUAGAACUUGUAAUAGAUCACCUAGACGUAAUGAGGAUCGUGAUAAGUCUUCGAAACGUAAAUCGAAUUUAAAUCGUUCGCAAAAUGAAGAGGCAACACCAGAUGGUGAUGACUCUGCUAUGCGUAGAAGAAGACGCCGUGAAAUGGGCAUGUCACGUCCUUUGGUACCCAAUGAUGAUGCCUCGCUUAAGGCUUUGAUUUCACCACAAAAGACACGUGUGCCAUCACCCACAAAACCAGCCAUACGCAAUGAUUUAUCCUAUCACAUGGAAAUGGCCAGAAGAGGUUUAGAUUUGGCUACUACUUCAGAACGUCGUAGAGCUCAAACAGCCAGCCCGAAAAAUAUUAAAGAUAGUCCGUCCCCUAAAUCUUCUUAUCCGCCUACCAGAAUAAGUAAACGCAGUGAUACUGUGGCCAUAGGUGAAUUGCGUAAGGAACGUUCCUCAGAGGUAAAUCGUAAACUUAAUGAACGUACUCGCACUGGUCUGGAGGAAAUUAUGAAAAUAGUGGAAAAUGUUAGUGAUAGUUGCUCACCAAAUCCUACAAAUGCUAUAGCAGAUUUAACCCAGAGUAUGAAUCGUUUGAGAGCCAGCCAAGAGCGUGAGCGGCAAAAUGAAACAGAAUCUCUUAAUUUGCCCAGCAAUAAGGGAGAAGAACAACGCCGACCCUCACCUGUAAAACAUGCCACUUUUGUGCAGGAAGAAUGUAUUUACUAUGAACCUGAUCCUUUAGAACAUAUCGAAAUGUCCAAUGGUGAGGCGGAACAUUUGAAAGGUGGCAUGAUGCGUUCUUUGCGUAUGCUAAAAGCAAAGAGCAUAGAGAGAGAAACUGCUGCUUUUGAACCAGCCAAACUUUCGCCCAUUUUAAGACGUAAAAGUACUGAUUGUCCUCCCAACUCACUAAACCAAGGAAGCACCAUAACAGCCACACCCAAUCAUAUCGUUUCAAUACUUAAGAAAAAAGAUCAUCUCUCGGCAGGAGAAUCUAGUUCAGCUUCAAGUAAUGCCUCACCGGUCACCUUUUCGUCAAGUGUCAUGGAUACUCCCUCGAAACAAAAACGAGCUGGUAUACUCAAAAAACGUUCAUCUUUAGAUGAAUCGCGCUAUUAUUCACGCUCUCAUUCUCCAGAUGAACGUAGUAUUUUGAUCAAAUCAGCUCGUCGCAAUUCGCUCGAAGAAGUAGCUAAUGGCAGUUCAUCCUCCUCCUCCGCACAAGGAGCAGGUCAUCAUGGCAUACUAAAGCAAAGCAGUUAUGACAGCUCUAAAAGUGAUGGUUGUCCUUCUGCCAGUAGAGAACCUCAACAACCUCAUAGUAUACUCAAGAAAAAAGACUCCACAUCAACUCCCUCAGAUGGAGCAGAUCAUGCUCCUAAACAUGUAUCGAUCUCUCAAGCUGUGAUUUUAGCAGCAGCCGAACUUUCAGCUGCUGUUGAAACUGGUGACAAGUUUCCCAAUGAUGACAACUAUACACCCAAUAAUGAAGAGUACGAUAUAAAACCUAUACUUAAAUUGGAUUCUUCCAUGGGGGAUGAGUCGGUUAAACCGCCUAAACCCAUAUUGAAGAAAAAAUCUUCCGGUGAUUCGGAUGAACAUGAAAUAAAACCCAUACUAAAGACUUCCCGCAAAUCCAGUAGGGAGGAAUUUGAAUUUGGUCCUUACUCGGAUAGCGAAAGCCAACAGGAACCUCAAGUUAGGCCUAUACUUAAAACAGACUCACCCUCAAAACGUCGCUCGUUAGGAGAACCCGAUACCAAUAGCCCACAUCAAGAGGGUGAACAACGUGAAACGUUAUCACCCUUCCUGCUCAAAAGACGUACACGUUCUCUUGAACGUCACGAUCAAGCACCUGUGAUCGAUUUAGCUGCUGCUCUCAAUGCUAUCGCUACCUCACAAGCUCUGCCCAGUGAAUUGGUUUCUUCAUUGACCAACUCGACGGCUGGCUCUAAUAUAUCAGUAGCUGAACGUAUAAAAUCUGUUGAAAAGUUCCUUGCCAAUCAGAGUGGCGUACGAUCAUCGCCGGGUGAAUCGGCAUCAGCUACAGCUGCUGUUAACACCUCGUGGGAAUCCCCGCUACAAAAUGAUCCGAAUAGCUCGUAUAAUACUGCUGGUAGUGUUAAAAUUCUAAAACCCAGUGUCAUAAGACGUGAUCUCUAUAAGGAUAGAUUUAAAACUCAACCAGUGACGAGUGAUGAAAAGAAUUUCUUUAAAAACAACGUGUCUUCUAACAACGACACUUUACCUACUGGUUCUGCUUUUAAACCGGCUCAAUCGUUAGAAGGUCUUGGUUUUGCUCAUUUAUCCUCACACGGCAAUCAAUCGCCCAACGCCCCGCCCUCAGCAUUUACCCUAACGCGUUCAUUUACCCAACCGCUCUCUAGUUCGAUAAAUUCACCACCUCAAUCGUCGUCAUCGUUUAAGGCCGGUAUACCAGUUCCUUUACCGCGUAAAUCGCCAGCACGUUCUAGUCUGCUCUGUUCGCAAGACACCGCCAAUUUAACACUAUCGUUUACGGGCGAUUCGGGCUUAUCGUGUAAUAGUAAUAGUGAACGUAUCUUUGAAAUGUCUAGUCUAGAACAAGAUGUAGAUAUGGCUGAAAAUCAAGAGCCAAAAACCCCCUUAAAUAAAGACUCUUCGGAGUCGUCGGCCUCGUCGGGUGGUGUAGUGCGUACGAAUAGUGUGAGAGCUAGGGCGAAUAUGUUCCAGCAAAUGCAAGAGAAGACGAAUAAUGGCGCGGCCUUGAAUCGGGAGGAACGUACAUCACCGAAAAGAGUACCGCGUCGUUUAUCACCUUCUCCAGCUGUUAAUACGGAUGAACCUAAAACACCAAAUAAUCCUCCUCCAGAUGAUGAAAUCGAACCCUCUUCUUUGCCAGUAUCGGAACGUUUGAGAUUUUUCAGCAGUUUAAGUGAAGCUGGUAAACGUAGCUCCUGUUCUUUUACACGAAGUCCACCAUUUAAUUCCAUAGAACGUAGUUCAAGCAUUGGUUCCUAUCACUACUACAUGGCGACCACACCACGCAGCAGUACAAGUCUAAGCAGUGCCAGCGUUACACCAACACCCAUGGAGUGUCCUCUGCCUAUUUUCAUUGAAUCACCCACGAUAUUGAGAAAGGAUAGUUCGGCUUCUAGAGAGGCAAAUGAGCCUGUUGUGCCAGCUGCAGAGCCGCCACAUGAUUUAACCGAUUCACGUUUUGCCAUUAAAGCCGAUAUAGUGAAAACUUCACCAUUUUUACAGGUUAACAAACAGGCUUUACCCAUACCGGCACAUGUGGCAGAAACAGAAACCACGCCUACUUCUACCUUAACGCCCACUAUGAAACGUAUUAAACUGAAGACUAUUGGCAAGCUAAUGUUACCCUCAACCUUUCUUAAUAAUGAUCGUAAUAAUAACAAUUCCAAAGAGUCUUCUUCCAAUAGGGAAUCUUCUUCGGCCACCGAUAGCAAUGGUGAAAAUGAAAAUUCUGGUCCACCGAAAAAGAUCGGUAAAAUAAAGUCUCCCUUUAUAGAGAACUGCAAUCAGAAGCAACAGAAACAAAUGCAAAUCAAUACCAAGUGUAUGAAGUUCGACUACAAUAAUAAAACACAAAACUCUUUGACGGCUUUAACUUCCCUGGAAAAUAGUGCAGAUCAUCAUAAUAUGGAUAUAUCCUCGAACUCCAAUGGCAUUAGUAAUGGCAAUGGUUUGAAUCAAAGAAAAUAUCAGAAUUCUUCACUGCAAAUAAAUGGUCAUCAUCACAAUGAAGAUUUUAGCACCGAUUCGGGUAAAGAGAAUGUAGAUACAUCUCUGCAAGAACAAACUACUCCAGUGGUGGAAAUGCGUCGCAAAUUCACACGCAAAGCCAAUACAUCACAAUCUUUUAAUACCAGCAAUGGAAGUGGCAUAUCACGUCAACUAACCCCCAGAUCAGCUUCACUAAAUGGACCACAUUCUUCACCCCAGGUGGAUGAUAAAUAUGCAAAAUAUUUUGGUGUGGCAACGUCGUCAACGAAAUCUACUAAAAGCAACCAACAACAAGCACCACCAUUACCCAAACAACCGCCUCCCUCGUCACCAGCGCAACAGGACCAAUUUGGCCAACAAUUGGAAAAAACACCCCAGCCCCAAGUCAUGGCCAUUAAUCGUAAUGUACGCCUGUGGCAUUCCUCCGGCAGAGGCGUUAAGCGCAUGUCUUCCGUUAUAAAUGAAUUGAAAAAAUUCGAAGAUAUUGUAGUAACCGAUCGUGAGCUAAAGCUGGCUUCAAAAGAAUUCGAUAAUCUGCUGCACAAUGAUACCCUACUGAAACAUUCCUCCAAAGAAUUGGAUCGUAUUUUUUCGAGCAUAGUGUGAUCAAGAUGAUUUAUUAUCAUGAAUUAUAAAUGGAUGUGGUUCUGUUAUCCGAAGUGAUGUAUAAUUUAAAAUUUUGCAUUUUUUUAUCUUUUAAGUCACAUUUCUUUUUAAAUGUCUUCUUAAAUGUUUUACAGUCGAAAAUUGUUUUCAGUUUAACUCGUUUUUUUUUUAAGUACGAAUAACUUUUAUUUUAGUUUUCUUUCUGUGUAAUUUUUAUGUUUUUCUUUUUAUCAAAAAAAGCUCACCAGUGUAUUUAUUGUUUGCUUGCCUUAUUUUCUUAUAAAUUAUUUUAUUGUUUUAUUAUUUCGAAAAAAAAUUUUUGCAAAAAAUCCAAAAAUUUAUGCGUAAUUUUUUGGGCAAAAGGAACCAACUUUAGGUCUGAAUAAAUAGGAAGUGAGAAGACUUAAGUUUGUAUGUUAAAACUGAAACAAUUUCAAAUUAUUUACAACAACUUUAUCUCAGUUACCUGUUCUUAAUAUGGUUUAAGAAAAGCUGUUCUCUUUUGACACUGGAGUGUCAAACAACGAGGACUUUUUGAAAAAUUUUCUUGCAAAAUCUUUUUUCAAAAAUUUUUAUUGAAAUUGUAUUUUAUUGACUUUUUAUUAGUUUUGUUUUUCUUUAUAUUUUUCUUAUUUUUCCAAAUUUAUCUAAAGCUUUUCUUUUAAUUAAGAAAACGAAUUUAGUUUAAAACCUUUUUAUAAUUUUAAAUUUUCUAAAAAAAUAUUGUGUUAAAAUAGCAUUACGAAAUAGCAAUUUGUUUGGUGAAAAUGUUUAACUUAAUUAGAACUUUUUAGAAGAGCUUUAAAGUUUGAAUAUAAAAGUUGUAAAAUCUAGCUUUAAUGAAAGUAAAACUUGUUGUUAAAACUUUAGAUUUAAGAUUUUUAGCUUCAAGUUGUUGGAUCUAAAGCUUUUUAUCAAGUGAUAAAAGCAAAAGCUUUGUGAAAAAUAGGAAAGAUAAAGCUUAAAAGCUCUAGUAUUUAAAUUAAACUUUUAGUAGAGCUUUAAAGUUUCAAUAUAAAAGUUGUUUCGAUCUAAAGUUUUUCAUUAAACUUACAAAGUUUUCAGGAUCUAAUGCUUUUGAGUUCCUUGAUGCUUUUAAGUUCCUAUAAAAGUUCAGCUUAAAUGAGAGAUUUAUGAAGUAGUAGAACCUAAUACGUGAAUGCUCUGUUAAAUUACAUUCAACUUUUAGUUGAGCUUCAUAGUUUCAAUAUAAAAAUUAUGCAAUCUAAAACUUUUCAUUAAAUUUACAAAGUUUUAAAGGUUUAAUACAAAAGCUGUUGCUUUAAAACUCUGAUGAUAGCAAAACUGUUAAGCUUAAAAAAAGAGCUUUAAAAAGCAAUAGAAUUUAAUGUUUUUUUAUGAAAGAAAGCACUCAAACGCUUUGGUAUUUAAAUUAAAAGGUUUAAACUUUUAAUUGAACUUAAAGCUUUAAAAGUCUUACAAAGAGAGAUGCUUUAAAGCUCCGCUGAAAACUUUUUAAUGUGCUUGAACGUUGAUAUGACAGAUAAUACCUAAAAGCUUUGGUAUUUAAGUUAGAUUAAACUUUUAAUAGAGCUUUAACGUUUAAAUAUAAAAAUUGUUAUAUCCACAGCUUUUUUCAUUAAACUAACAAAGUUUUAAAGGUCUUUUACAAAGGGUAUUGCUUUAAAGCUCUGUUGAAAACAAAACUUGUUAUUAAACUUGAAUGAAAGCUUUGAAAUGACGGAUAAUAUUUAAAAGUUCUUUUAUUUAAAUUAUAUUAAACAUUAAAGUCUCAAUAUAUAUAUUGGUUUUCUUAGUUAAAGCAUUAAGAUUAAAAGCUGUUUAACAAAAUCUAUAUAACAAACUUUUUGUUAAACUUAAAUGAAAACUUUAAAAGCUUUUAGAAUUAAAUAUUAUAUUCAACUUUCAGUUUAGCUUUAAAGUUUUAAUAUAAACAACUAAAAGCUCUUAGAAUUACAUUUUAUAUGGAACUUUUAGUUUAACUUUAAUGAUUCAAUAUAAAAUCUCUACGAUCUAAAGCUUUUCUAAUUAAACUCUUUAAGUUGGGUUUGACUUAAAGAAAAGCUUUCUAGGUAUUACACCCUAAAGCUUGGACAUAAAAGUUACCACUUAAAAGCUCUAAUAUAUUAGACAUUAUCACCCGAUUAUUGUUUUCAAUUAUUCUAUGAAACACAAUUAUUUUUGUGAAAAAUAUUUUUUUAGUUUGCAAUGAUUUUCUCUAAAAUUUUAUUUUUCCAAAUUUUUUAUUAUUUUUUUUUUUUUUAUUUUAUAUUAUUUUAAAACAAAACUUUUCAAAAAGAUUUUAAAAGGCAUUUUAUUUUAAAGCAAAGAAGACAAAAGCCUAAAGCCUUUUCUUAACAUUCCUUAACUGCAGUUAGAUUUCGUUGUUAUGAAAUCGUUCUAUAUAACUUUUUUUUUAAACAAAUGACUUAAAUGAUUAUUUGUUAAAAACAGAAUACGUAAGAUAAAUAUUUAAUUAUUUGUUUUUGUUUAUAACUUUAAUUAAAUUUAAUUUAAAUAAGUUGUGUUAUUAAUGUAUCAGGUGCUGUUUAAAUAAUUUUAUGAUAAAAAAACCCCAUAAGCAAUUUAUAUAAAUUUAGAAAAAAAAAAAACAAAAUUAUUAAAUCCAUUUUAUAAAAAAAACGGUGAUUUUAAAACUAAAGAAAUCGAAUAUUGGGGUUUUAGUUCUAGUUAUUUUGGAACUCCGGGUAUGAAGCUAAGCUGCUGUAGUUGACACUUUAAUUUUAACAGAAACCUUAUAAAAUGGAUUUAUUUAAACUUUUAAAUUUAGCUAGAAAAUAUCGAAAUAAAAUCAUUAAAUUAAAACCCCUAAAACAUGCCAAAACCCUAAACAAAUUUUAAAUUCUAAAAAUAAAGGGUCUAAAAAACAUAUACGUUUUAUUAAAAAAAAAAAACAUAAAAUUAAUUAUAAAACAAUUUAAACUUAA